UUUCUAACCAAACAUCCUGCAUAUGAUGUUUCUCUAACCGUUGGAUUCUGUUAUCUUGUAUGAGAAUUGGGAAGUCAGUUCCCAAUGUUGGAAUUUUCUUCCUAUUUCACCUCAUUUUGAGGGAUGUCUUAUAUCAGUAGUUUGUGAAGGAUUCUCUCCUUGGAUUCUAAAACAUUGGUUUUAUCCCCUCAAAUGCUUCUUUUGUGGGGUUCUUUGUCUUUCUCCAGGGGCAUUACAGGGAGUUUGAAAAAGUUUUGUUUCAUAGUCAUGGAAAGGCUGAACUCAAACCUGUACCUGCAGAACUGUUACAUAAUGAAAGAGAAUGAGAGGCUGAGGAAGAAAGCACAGCUUCUCAACCAGGAGAAUCAGGCCCUGCUAUCUGAGCUGAAACAGAAACUCUCCAAGGGCAACUCAAAGGGAAAUUCAGCAAAUACUAUUCCUGACCUCAACCUCAGCUCCAGUUCUAACCCAAAUCCUUCCAAUUCUAGCAAACCCUGAUCCAGCAGGAUAGACAUCAUGACCCCACAUAGACUCCCCUUGCCUUUUUUGUGUAAAACCAUAGCCAAACAGUAGCAGUAGCUCCGUUUCAGUUAAUAGGAUAGUACUAGUAUCUUUCUAUCAGGCUUAUUUCUAUUUUCAUCUUCUUAUAUCUUCUGCUGUGGGGGUGUUAAGAUAUGAUUUGCGAACAACAAAAGAUGUAUCAGGCUAUCUGCUAGAAAGGAAUAUAAUAUAUUAUCAUAGU